AGGCGCAACCAAACGAAGAAGAAUCUCUCGACAUAGCAUCGUCACUACUGCCUCCGCACUACGUAAAACUAAAGGUGAACAAACCGUGUGGUUCCCUCUGCGGGAGGAAGCUCGAUGACCCUGAGAGCUCACUGACUCAGUGUGAAUGUAAUCCUCUCGAUGAAGACCCUUGUGGACCAUAUUCCAGUGUCUAA